AUGGAUGUUUUGGCAAAUUACAGUAUUUUUCAGGAACUCCAGCUUGUGCACGACACCGGUUACUUCUCUGCAAUGCCGUCGCUGGAGGAAAACUGGCAGCAGACCUGUCUGGAGUUGGAGCGUUAUCUUCAGACGGAGCCCAAGCGUCUCUCUGACCUGUUUGACGAGGAGCUGGAUUGCCUCCUCACCCCAGCUUUCGUAAAAGAGGAAGACAGCGAGGAAGACCUCUUGGAUCCUCUCCUCCCGAGCCUGGCCGAACCCCCAAGCCCGCCUCCACCUCUCCUCAGCCCCCCGAGGGAGCCCCUCUCCACCUCACCCGCACCUUCCGACGCAGCCACGCAGGUCAACGCCGCCCAGCUAAGCGCAGUCACCUCCCUAACGCCCCCCUCCUCCCCUGAACUGGGCCGUCACCUGGUCAAACCUGGCCAGACUCCGGGGAACGAUGGGGGGACGCUGACGCUUAAGCUGGUGGCCAGGAAGGUGGGUCUUAGCGCUGCCCGGCUGGUGACGGCACACACGCUGCCGCUCUCGCCUGGCCACGGGACUCACAGCGACGGGGAGCAGGGAGGAGCAUGCCCCCUGGCAUUGGGAGGAGCAGCAGCAGGAGGAGGAGGUUCUGCAGAGAUGGCAGAGAAUAAGAAGAGGGUUCACCGCUGUCAGUUUAACGGCUGCCGGAAGGUUUACACCAAAAGCUCCCACCUGAAGGCCCAUCAGAGGACACACACAGGUGAGAAGCCCUAUAAAUGUUCGUGGGAAGGUUGUGAGUGGCGGUUCGCCCGCAGCGAUGAACUGACGCGGCAUUACCGUAAGCACACUGGUGCUAAGCCCUUCAAGUGUAACCACUGCGACAGGUGUUUCUCUCGGUCAGACCACUUGGCACUGCACAUGAAGAGGCAUAUCUAAGAAGAUGGAGGGAGAGGAAGCGAAGAGGAGAUGUGGAG